UCUUGCUUCUGCUCUGCUGCCGCUGUGCCCCUCCCACUUCCCACUCCUUCUCGUGUGAAGACGUUGUGUACAGCUCAAACAUGGCUAAGAGAACCAAGAAGGUUGGAGUGUGCGGAAAAUACGGCACCAGAUAUGGUGCCUCGCUGCGUAAAUCCGUCAAGAAGAUGGAAAUUACUCAGCACUCUAAGUACACCUGCUCUUUCUGUGGCAAGGAUGCCAUGAAAAGGUCUUGCGUGGGAAUCUGGUCUUGCAGGAGGUGCAAGAGGACUGUGGCCGGAGGAGCAUGGGUAUACAGCACCACUGCUGCAGUUUCUGUUCGCUCCGCUGUCCGAAGAUUGCGCGAACUUAAGGAGCAAUAAAUAUAUUCACUCUUUAAUUAUAAGUAA